AUGUCGACUGCUGCAGGCCCGUCUGCAGUCCGCGGGGACAUCACUCUCCAGCCAUCGUAUUUCACCUCCUCGCUCUAUUACGUAGAGACAUGGCCACCCACCCAGCCAUUCGCGCUUUUCAAGCGUCUCUGGUCAGACCAGGGAUGGUGCUGGUUGCACCUCAAGGUACUCGACGCCCGCGCAAGGGAAACUUUCGUCAAUGUCACUGAGAGGCUGUUUAUCGAACGCUUGGCAGAUGGGGAACCUCUGUUGGCCCGAGUGGUUGUCCUCUUUGCGCUGUAUGCAUUCCACCUCAGUCAACCAACCGCUCAAAAUCCGCCUGUCCAUUCUGUGGGGCACAUUGCCAUUCCAUUAGACAUCUACAAUGCACUCCUGCUUCUCCCUUCGAGCCUCACGGACCCUGAAUUAUUACCUCUUCAGCCGUACGCCAUCUACGUCCUGAAGACACUCGAGGAUGCGAAAGCAUUUCACAUCCUGCCGCAAGCUGGCCUACGCCCGUACACACCGAGCGUCUUACCGCGAGAGCUGUUCGUAACCGAAGAACAGGAAUCUGCCAUCAUGGCGGCCUUAGGUGGCAGCGCCUCGACGCCGGGCGCGAGUGGCGUAUCGAAAAAGAAAGGCCGGCCGUCACGCCGCGAUAAGCAGAAGAAAGCAAAAGACGCGCUCGCUGCCCUAGAGAAAUACCUCGAGAAGAACACGACCACACUAGCUCUUGAAGCCACGCCAACAUCGCAAUCUGCAGCCGCGGAUCGCCCACAUACGACCCAUCGCAUGGUUGCGCACCCUCCUAGCACGACACGCGAACAGUAUCGGCUCCACAAGGUAGAGGCACUGGAGUGGUUGGACGCUAAUGACGAACCCACGCGGGAUGUAAACGCCGGACGAGAGGCUUUACAGCGUGCGAAUGAAGCCGUCCUGGCACGCCUCAAGAUGAUCGAUGAGAUGGCCGCUGAACAGGGCUUAGAGGUGGGCGGUGAAGGUGGGGAGAAGACAGGGCUUGCGCGCGUCGAGCGCGCCGUGCACGAGCUGCUCUCGUCGGGGAGCUCGACUGGGAGCGUGGGCAUCCUGGGGCUGCUGGAGGGCGCCGGCCUCGACGCGCGCUGGGAGCUGUGA